AUGACUCAGACAUUCCUGAAGACUUUGAAAAAGGAUUAUGUCGAAAGAAUGAUCAUCGCUGCUCCAAGUGACUUCUCUGAGAUGGUCACCAUGGGAACCCGCUUAGAAGAGGCUGUCAGAGAUGGCAUUAUUGUGUUUGAAAAAUGUGAAUCCUCUGCAAAUGCAUCAAGGAAGUAUGGCAAUGGUCAUCAUAAGAAGAAAGAGACAGAAGUAGGGAUGGUAUCUGCCGGAACCAGUCAAUCCAUGGCUACUGUUGCCCCCAUCAAUGCUGCUCAGCUACCUCCGCCGUAUCAGUACAUGCAAUACUCUCAGCAUCCUUUCUUCCCACCAUUUUAUCACCAGUAUCCGCCAUCGCCGGGUCAACCUCAGGUACCCGUCAAUGCCAUUGCUCAGCAAAUGCAGCAACAGCCGUUGGCUCAACAGCAGCAGCAACAAACCAGACCUACCUUUCCUCCGAUACCAAUGCUGUACGCCGAGCUGCUCCCGACUUUGCUUCUCAAAGGGCACUGCACAACCAGGCAGGGAAAGCCUCCACCUAACCCGUUGCCUCCCAGGUUCCGAUGUUACGCUUUGAAGUACAUUGUAAAGAAGCUCAUUGACCAGGGAAAGUUAACUUUUGAGAACAAUGUCCCUCAUGUUCUUGACAAUCCUCUUCCGAAUCACGCUGCUGUGAACAUGAUCGAGACUCAUGAAGAAGUUCCCAGUCUUGACGUUCGUAAUGUUGCAACUCCUCUGAAUGAUAUCCAGAGCCUGAUGAACGACAAUUAUCUGACUAUCAGCGACAUUUGUGUGAUUGUGCCAGUCUUUCAUGAUCCGCCUGCCAAGAGUAUGCCUCCAAAAGGGAGUAUCGAGCCUCUAGUGAUAAGACUGCUUGGACCAGUACCUUACACUUCUACAAAGGCUAUUCCUUACAAGUACAAUGCCACCACGAUUGAAAAUGGAGUAGAGGUGCCCCUGGCGUCCUCAACCGUGAUAAGAAACAUUGCCGAGGAGACUACAACACUGAGGAGCGGAAAAGUCCGCCCGCCGCUGUUCCCAAAGAAGACCGCUAUACCUACCGCUAUACCCAGUGAUAAAGUGCCUCCACCAGAUGUUUCCCGGCCAGGCCAGUCUAUCGAGGAUUCCAACUUAGAUGAGAUUUUGAGGUUAAUCAAGAGAAGUGACUACAAGAUCGUGGAUCAGCUGUUACAAACUCCGUCAAAGAUAUCCAUCUUGUCUUUACUUCUGAGUUCCGCGGCUCACAGAAACACCCUUUUGAAAGUACUAGAACAAGCCUAUGUGGACCACGAGGUCACUGUGGACCACUUCGGCAGCAUAGUGGGGAAUAUCACUGCUUGCAAUAAUCUGUGGUUUGGCGAGGAUGAGCUUCCUGAAGCAGGGAAAUACCACAAUCUGGCUCUACACAUCUCUAUGAAUUGCAAAUCUGACAUGCUAUCGAAUGUACUGGUGGACACUGGCUCGUCCUUGAAUGUAAUGCCUAAAUCGACUCUGGAUCAGUUGAGCUAUCGGGGAACUCCUUUGAGAAGGAGUACCUUUUUGGUUAAAGCCUUCGACGGAUCCCGGUCUGCAGAAGGAACCGCUUUUCAGGGUUUGACUAUCGAAGGUACGGAGCCCAAGAGGGCUGGAGCUGCUAUGGCCUCUUUGAAGGAUGCUCAGAGGGCUGUCCUAGAAGGUCAAGCUACCGGCUGGGAGGGAAAAGCCAUUCAGCCUCACCAAGAAGAGAUCGAGAUCAUCAACUUGGGUACCAAAGAAAACAAGCGAGAGAUCAAGGUCGGUGCUGCUCUUGAGAAGAGGGUUAAAAAGAAGAUCUUCCAACUUCUCCGAGAGUAUCCGGAUAUUUUUGCAUGGUCAUACGAAGAUAUGUCGGGUCUAGAUCCUAAGAUUGUGGAACAUCGGAUACCGACAAAGCCUGAAUCCCUCCCGUUAGACAGAAAUUGA